AUGUUGAAUUUCUUCGGAGAUCAUUUACUUGAUGAUGUUUUUUCACGAGCUAAACAAUCACGUCUUGAAUAUAAUAUACAAACAGAAGAAUUCCGUAAUCUUAAUGGAAAUCUUCAAACAUAUUUAAAUGAUAUUAAAAAAAUUGAUGAUGAAAAUCAUCAAUUACAAAAUAAUAUUGAACAACUACGUACAAAUUAUAUUAAAACAUUGGAAAAUCAUUUAAAACGUUUACCUGAAGAUUUUCGACAAGAAAGUCAUACAUUAACAGAAGCUCAUAUUGAACGUUAUAAAUCUAAAUCACAUGCUAAACGUUUUAUUAAUGAACGUGAAGAACUUAAGAAACGAAUUAAUUUUGUUGCUAGUAAUGAAAAAGAACAGGUUAAACGUUUAAAUAAUUUACAAAGACAACAAUGUUCAGUUGAAAAAGAAUUAAAAAGUUUAAAUGAACAAUUACAAAAUUUAUAUAGUUAUGUUGAAAUUGAAAAACAAACACAUCAACAAGCAAUGGAUAAAGUUGAUGAUUUACAAAUUCAACUUGAAAAAAUUUCUAUUCAACGAUCAAAAGCUGAAUUUGAAAUUCAAACUUUACGGGAAGAACUUAAAUUAAUGCAUACAGCAAAAGAAUUUCUUGAUGAAGAACAUCAAACAAUAUUAUCUACACAAACAGAAGCAAAUGAAUAUUUAUUAUCAUGUUUAAAUGAAUUUAUAUUACGUAUACGUGAGGAUUUUAGUGAACUUAAUAAAACUCAACUUAAACAAAUGGAAAAUGAAUAUAAACAAAUGAUGAGAGUUAUAGAAGAAACUACUUUAACUAAUGCAACUAUGAAUGAAGCAAUGGUCAAUCAACAAUAUUCAGUACAAAUAGAAUGUGAAAAACUUCAAGAUGAAAAUCGAUCUAUUACACAAGAAUUAACAAAACUUAAUGAUUAUAAUCAAGUUUUAUCUGAACAAAUUCUUGCUAUGGAAGCUGAUUUACAUUCAAUACAUGAUGAACGUAUGCGAGAAUUAAUAAUUAAAGAUAAUGAAUUAGAACGAAGUCAAAUUGAAUUACAAAGUUUAAAUGAAAAAUUAAAUCAUUUAGCUGAAUAUGAUCGAAAUUUAAAAUUUGAAUUAACACUUUAUCGAGGAGUUUUAGAAGGUGAAUAUCGACGAAAACAACAACAACAACAACAAUUAAUGAAUAAUCAAUAUCCUGUACGACCAACUAGUUUACGAACAACAAUAAUACGAAAUAAUAAAAAUUCUCCAGUUUUAACAAAUCGAAAUGAAUUUGAACUAAUUCUCGAAAAGUCUAUUGCUCACACUGAUGAAAUUCUAUCAACAAUAAAACAUUUGGAUGAUGAAAAAAUCGAAAAUAAACUUCAAUCAGAUCAACAAGAAAGUUUAUCACAAGAAUCAAAUAAAAAUCAAGAAGAAAUAAUCGAAUCUACAGAUAAUAUCUCACAAGAAAUGCAUCAAACAUCAAUGGAAACUUUAAAAUCUCCUAUUUCAGCAACUUCAGCAGAUCAAACAUUAUCUUUCGGUGAGCAACUAUCUCCAACAAAUCGUGAAGUAUCAUCAGAAACUCCAAAAUUUCCUCAUUCAUUUACAAUUCCAGAAGAUGAAUCAACAUUUUCUGAUCCUAUUCAAUCACCAACUACAGCUCCAGGUGUUCAACUAUAUCUAAUCACUGCAUCAGCAGACGACAAAGCACCGAUUGCCAAUGCACUACCAAUCUUAACAGAAAUUUAUCGGCCUUCUUUUGCAAAUACAAAAGAUUAUCAACAGCCGUCAAAUCUUUCGGAACUAUCAUCAGCUUCUAUUUCGACAGAUAUAGAAGCAUCAUCUGAAAUAGAAAAAUCUCCCAGUGUAUCAGCUGUUUCUGAUGAUCAACAAAACUCGUCAGAAAUUUAUCCAUCGUCGUCAACACAACUCGAAAAUGAAGAACAAUCUUCAGAAGAUUAUCCAUCACUCAGUACAAUUCUACAAGAAGUUCGAGCAUUAGCAAAAAUCUCAUAUAUAGAUAAACAAGUAUUGUCAGAAACUAAAAAAUCACCAACAUCACCUACUAAUACUGGUUCACCAAAUGAUCCAUCAAUUUCAUCCGACAUUCUUCAAUCAUCUUUUACACCUUCGGAGAACCAACCAAUAACAUCAAAUGUCCAACAAUCAUCAAGUACGUCAUUUAAUGAACAGUCAAUACUCAGUGAACCAAUUAGUCCAUCAUCUCAAGAGAAUCCAUCCAUGUCGUUAGAUAGUCAACAGCAAACUUCUGAAUUUUCACAAGAACAAUCAAUAUCAUCAAAAAUUGAACAAUCUUCUAUAACAGAUGAACAAGUUCAAGAACAACCUACGCCUGUAGUUGCUAAUGAAUACGAAUCAAUAACAUCAGUAUCAUACAAUAAGGCAGCAAAUUCUACAGCAGAAGUUGAUGAGAAACAAGAAUUAACUGAACCAUCAAAUGACGAUGAUAAUAAUGUUAAACAUGAUGAAAAUACAAAAUCAUCAAUAGAUGAAAUAGACAAUGUAGCAACUACCGACAUUGAUCACAAUGUCGACCAUCAAUUGAAUGAAUCUAUUGAAUCAUUACCUAUUGACGAAUAUAAUAUUAAUCAAACUGAAAGACAAGAAUCCUUAUCAUUUAAUACACCUGGUCUAUCACAAGAAGAAAUACAACAAAAUAUAAAUCCAUUUGAAGACAAAGAAUUAAUAUUAAAACAAGACGAAAUAAAAGCAGAAGAACAAAUUUGUUUUUCUGAUCAAUAUAAAAUUGAGGAGAAAAGCCAAAGUGAUUUUAUCUCCUCACCUGGUUAUUAUGGUAGUUUAAAUGAUUCUACUUAUUUAAAUGAUGAUGAACUAAGUAAACAAUCAUUAUAUAAAAUAUCAUUAGUUGAUGUUGAAGGUAAUAAUACUGAUUUAAUUAAAGAAACUGAAUCAUCUUCUACUCCAAAAUUAGAAGAAAAAAAGUUUCAAAAUAUUAAUGAAUCAAAUUUAGAAGCUGUUAUGCAAGAUCUUCGUUGUGUAUAUGGUCAAUUAUCCAAUAAUGAAGAUCUAGUUGAAAUCAAUGAUGAUUUUCCAGAUGAUUUAAUUGAUCGUCUUGAAUUUGGUGAUACUUUCAUACGAACAUUAUUCGAUGGUCUUCUUAGAAAACUUAUUGUACAACCAGCUAAAGCAGAAAUUCGUUCAAAAACACUUGAUUGGACUGAAUUUCGUGAUAUACUUUUUCCUAUUCUAAGUGGUCGUUAUAUGGAACGACAUAUACAAAAAUUAUUCAAUGUAUUUGAUAUAAAUAAAAAUGGUUAUUUAUCAUUAGAAGAAAUAAUUGAAUUACUUGAACUUCUUCAAGUUAAUAAUACAACUGAACUUGCACAUAAUAUAAUUAAUAAAUUGGAUAAAAAUAAAGAUGAUAAAUUAACUGUUGAAGAAUUAAUAGAAUCUAUUAAACAAGUUGAUGAUGUAAAGAAUAAUAUUCUUUCAGACGACAUUGAAUAUAAGCAUUGGUAUAUUCAUCGUUUAACCGAUGAAGAAAGUAAUGAUGCACAAUCGAUUACAUUAAAUUCUUCAUCUAAAACUAAUGAUGAUUUUAUAGAUAUGAUCAAUAAUGGAAUGAUUUUACUUGGUCGAAUAUUUAAAAGAUUAGGUCCUGAUAGUGAAAAUAAACAACUUGAUAGUAAUAAAACAACAUUAUCAAUGAAGAUUACAAAUGAAUUCAUACAUAAUAAUAUACAAAUAUCAAAUGAUGAUCUUCAAUCAUUUAUAGAAUUAUAUUUAAACAAAAAACGAAAUUCUGAUUGUUUUAUUAGUUGGAUUGAAUUUCGAGAUAUAUUUUUACCAUUGGUUGAUGGUGGAAUGUUUUUAAAAGAGGAUAUUUCACGUUGGUUUGAUAUACUCGAUGAAAAACAUCACAAAAUAAUUAUUCGAGAACAAAUUCUUCAUUUACUUCGUCUCUUACAAAUGCCAGAUUCAGAAAAAAUUCUCACACAAUUGAUGGAAAUUUCAGACACAUAUACACAUAAUAAUGAUAAUUCAUGGACAUUGGAAGAAUUAAUAUUUGCUUUGGAAAAUAUUGAUGAAAUAACAACAAGAAUUCUUCCAAAUAAUCAACAAAUCUUAUCAUAUGAUCUCAAUUGGCUUACAAAAAAUGUAUUCUAA